GACGUUUCGGGCAUGCCCAAACACCCCUGGAGGUAAACAAUACCCGGCGGCGGCGAUGGCGGCUCACAGCCUUUUCUCGCUGCGGGUUAGUGUUCAUUCCGACCAGGGUGGCAGGAAAUACAUGGAGGAUGUGACCCAGGUGGUGAUCGAACCCGAGCCGGGGCCUAGGGAGGCCGAGAGCGCCGGCGAGGAGGAGGAAGCGGAGGAGGAGGGCGACGGCGAGCAGGGCCCGAAGCCCCGGCCCGGAGUGGCCUUCUUCGCCGUGUUUGACGGUCACGGCGGGCGGGAGGCAGCGGUCUUCGCCCGAGACAAUCUGUGGAAGUGCAUCAAGAAGCAGCGCGGGUUUCUGUCGGAAGAUCCCGAGGAAUUCCGUGGCGCCAUCCGUAAAGGAUUCAUCGCCUGUCAUUACGCCAUGUGGAAGAAGCUCCCUGAUUGGCCGAAGACAUUGACUGGGCUGCCCAGCACGUCCGGCACCACCGCCAGCGUGGUCAUCAUUUGCCGGGACAAGAUGUACGUGGCUCACGUGGGCGACUCUGGCGUGGUGCUGGGUGCACAGGACAGUCCCGGCCCGGGUCAAGCUCAGAGCCCAGGCACCAUGCAGGCACUGGAGGUGACGCAGGACCACAAGCCGGAGCUCCCCAAGGAGAAGGAGCGGAUUGAGGGGCUCGGCGGGAGCGUCAUCAACAAGUCGGGAGUGAACCGCGUGGUCUGGAAGAGGCCGCGACUGACCCACAACGGGCCGGUGCGCCGGAGCACCGUCAUCGACCAGAUCCCCUUCCUGGCAGUGGCCAGGGCCCUGGGGGAUCUGUGGAGCUACGACUUCUACAGCGGUGAGUUUGUGGUCUCGCCAGAGCCGGACACGAGCGUUCACACCAUCAACUGCCAAGACCACAAGUACAUCAUCCUGGGCAGCGACGGGCUGUGGAACAUGAUCUCCGCCCAGGACGCCGUCAGCAUCUGCCACGACAACGAGGACAGGCAGCGACUACUGGAGGAUGCGGGGCCGACGAGCGCCAGGCUGCUGGUGAGCCGGGCGCUGGGCCGGUGGCGGCAGCGCAUGCUGCGGGCAGACAACACCAGCACCGUGGUGAUCUGCAUCGACCCGCCGGGUGGAGGGCGGCCCCCCUGCGCCGAGGAGUUGCGACUCAAGCUGGCUGGUGGCAUCGCCCACCGCCUCGAGGAGUCCCGGCUGCAGCCGUCAUCCCCUCCACUGAAGGCCGCUGAACAGCUGUCCCCACCCUGGUUUUGCUCUGGCUUCGUCCCGGUGCUGGCAAGAAGAGAGGUGCGGCAUGGCAGGAGCCCGCCGCCCGACGUUGCCGCGGCGACCGAGAACCGCGGGCGGGCGCAGUCCCCGGGUGGGGAGGGGGGGCGAUCGCCCUGGGGCGGCUGGGGCAGGGCCGGCGGCGGGCUCAAGCGGACGUUGGAGGAGCUCAAUGGGGACGCCCCCACCCCCGCCAAGAGACUGAAGGUGCGGGGAGGGAGGGGCAGCGUCGGCGAGAGCACGGGUACCCCCGCCCGUCGCAGGAACCCCGACAAGCAGGCUACGCGCAGGAGCCUGAGGGGUCAGCGGCGGCUGAGGAACUCACUGCUGCCCCCCCACAGGAAGACCAUCUGCGUGUGUUGACAGCGGGUGGGGCUGAGGAGCGGGGGUGGGGGAGGGGAGGGAGCACGCCGGGGUCUCUGGAAACAAGUAAAUAAUUAUUUCAAAAUUCUGUAAAGAGAAUCAAAAAUGAGGCAGAGCAGGCCGACUCCGCCAGAGUGCUGUCUCUCGACCGUCUGCCGACUCAGUUGGGUAACGGGCGAGAUUCCUGGGUCAGUCUACCCUCUGCUCCUCUGGUCUGUUUCACCCUCCUUCUCUCCCUUUCUCCCCCCCUCCCUCUCUUCAGCCCCUUCUUCUCUCUUCCCCCCCGCACUCCCCGUCUCAGGACGUUUACAAGACGCAUUAAUUUGGACCUCCCUGUCCAUUCCUGCUCUGUGUGUGUGUGUGUCUUUCUCUCUUUUUCUAUUUUUCCCUCUUGUCCUGGUGUAGCUCCCGAUUCCCUCCCACACCACUCCCAGCUGAGGCUGGAAGUGAGGAUCGGGCUCCUCUGUUCGUCAUUGCUGUCGGUGUCUCUGGGAGUGUUUGAUCCAGAGCUGAGUGCAUUGGUUGCUCGCCCACACUGGGUCCAGUCCUUCAUCUGCGCUGUUGGUUGUCACAGCUGCCACCCUCCUCCCCGCCCUCCAUUCCUCACCUCCUCCCUCCAUCGAGAACCCCAGCCUCUCAUUUAAUGAAGAAUCUGUUUUAAUCCCAGUUUGCUUUGCUUCUGUUUUAAACAAAUGGUAUUUGGGAAUUUCUCCAGGAAGCAAAUCACCUCUGCAAAGCAAGUAAUUGUUUUAAAUCAAUUGCCCAAAUAUCUUGGGGCCAUUUUAGCUCACAAUAAGGACAGUCGUUACCUGCGCUGCCUUUUGAGAGACCCAUUAUCCAGGAGUUUUUUUUUUUUAACCAUUUACAGGUUUUCUAUGGUCUGACAUUCCCAGAGUAAUCAUCUUUUCAGGCAGAGGUUGCAAACAAUCAACCCAGAUUCUGGCUGCCCUUGUCUGUGUUUACACAUGCAUGUUCCUGUGUGUACACGUUUGCCUGUGUGGGUGUGUGAGAGAGUGUGUGCCUGUUUAUUCCUGUGUGGUGUCCCUUGUGCUUCUGUGUGUGUUUUGCACUGUGUGUGUGUGACUGCUUGCUUGUGUAUGUAUGUGUGUGUGUGUGUAUAUACUCUGCUACUGUGUCUUUAUUGGUGUAUAUGUUGAUGUAUGUGUGCGUGUGUUUGAGCCUCUGUGUGUUCGUGCUUGGGUGUGCAUGUGUACUUGUGUGUGUGCACGUGCAUUUUUGCAAGUGUGUAUGCGUGCCCGCGUGCGUGUUCUGCCAACCAACCAGGAACCUCUGUGUGCCGCCACACACCUGGCAUAGGGCCCACUGCAAGCUGCCUGUCGGAUAACGUGUCUGCUGUAUGUAGGCUGCUGUGCAGCCUGCCUGCAGUCCCCCUGCUCCUUCCCCUCUGACCAGACACAGGCCAGCCCGGUAACUUGGCGUUUCGUAGGUGAGAAGGCGGCCUGCACUGAUGGUGGUGUGGGGGCGGCAGCGAGCGAAGUGUCCGCCGGAGAACGUUCCCGUCACCCACGCCUCUCGAGCCAAGCUUCCCCAGAGUUACCGAGCGGGUUAGAUACUCUGCACGACCCAGGUGAUCUCAGCAACGAGACGAGAACCCUCAGCCUCCUGAACCCAAUCCAGAGAUUGUCCUUUUACUGAAGGUGGGGUGAAGAAGAGGAAAUGAAUCUUGUGGGAAUCCUUCCUUGUGCCACUUGCUCGAUCCUCCCUUAUCACAAAGAAAUUAUUACCCCCAAUCACUUACACUGAUGGUGCUGCUACAUUUACAGAUGGGAGUUUUACUAAUUUUGUAUUAAUAUAUAUAUGUGUAUAGAUAUAUAUAUUUGAAAGCUCUGUUUCCAAAUAUUAGUCCCUCGUUACUCUACUGUUUUGCUAAAUAAAAUGAUGGCUCUCUUACCAACA